AUGGUGAAUCUUGGUGAGGUUUUCCCCAACUUUUCUGCCAACACGUCAGAGGGCCGCAUAGAGAAGUUUCACGACUGGAUUGGCGAUGACUCAUGGGCCAUUCUAUUCUCUCACCCUGCUGACUACACGCCUGUUUGUACCACAGAAUUAGCAAGGGUGGUUACUCUGGUGCCUGAGUUCAGGAAGAAGAAUGUGAAGCUCAUUGCUUUAUCAUGCGACAGUGUGGAGAGUCAUAAAGGUUGGGGAAAGGAUGUGUUACAUUAUGCUGGCUCCAAGCAAGAGAAGCUGCCUUACCCUAUCAUUGCUGAUGAAAAGCGGGAGCUGGCGGUGCAGCUAGGGAUGAUUGACCCAGACGAAAUCGACAAACAAGGACUGCCCCUCACUGCAAGAGCUGUCUUUAUCAUUGGACCUGACAAGAAACUCAAAUUGUCCAUUUUGUAUCCAGCAACUACUGGACGUAAUUUUGAUGAAAUCCUGCGAGUGAUUGAUUCACUUCAGCUGACUGCCACAAAGAAAGUGGCCACCCCUGUGGACUGGAAAUCUGGUAAAGAGUGCAUGGUGCUGCCGACCGUCUCCAACGAGGAAGCAAAAACAUUGUUUCCUAACAUGAAGACUGUCCAGCUACCUUCUGGCAAGGAAUACCUGCGCCUGACCCCCCAGCCUUAA